CGUCAAACUGUAGGACUGUGUCCACAAUUUGAUUAUCUCAAUCAUCUUUAGAUUUCGAGGUGACCCGAAAUGUCAAGUCCAUGUCAAGUGGGUUUUUGAGAGUUCGAGCACACAAAAAUGUUAAGGUAGGCAACUUUUUCUUGCGGACCGCGGAACGGACUUAUUUUAUACGACUUUCUCAGAAGAAGUUGGAAAGAGCUUGAGUUGGGUCACACUCCGAUAAACAGUUGACACCGUGACAGAGUGUUUCGCUUGUGUGUCCGCUUGACAACUUCGUUGUUUUCAGCUGAGCGCUUGUCGGGGAGCAUCUUUUGAGCCGGCUAGGGUGUAUACAAACUGUGGAUUUUACGGUCGAUUUGUGUGGAAGUUUGUUAGGAAAGUUUUGGGGCCGGCCGAUAAUCUACGGUAGCCCACAAGGAGGGACUUGACUUCCGCCGGACUUACGACGUCUCCAGCUUUCUUCUGAACUUUCGUCUGUGAACCCAAGUUUCGUUGCUAACUUCAUGGCGAUUUCGACAAGAAGAUAAUGGCAGUGUUUACGGUUGUUUUACGGGGCGGCGCACCCUGGGGAAUUCGGUUGCAGGGAGGGAGCGAUUUUAACGCUCCUUUGAGGGUGGCCAAGAUCAACCCCAACAGUAAGGCCUACAAUGAGGGUGUGAUCGUGGGGGACUAUGUGGAGGAGAUCAAUGGACAGCGCACUCACGGAUUACCACACAACGAUGCUCAACAGUUAAUCAAACAGGCCGGGGAUACCUUAACAUUAGAACUUUACAGAGGGAAGUCUUUAAAUGGGCCUGUAAAUGGAGAUGCGCAGCAUAUUCCAUCUGUGUCAGAUGACCAAGUAUAUACAGGUGACAGUGAUACAUCAUAUCGAUCCUAUAACCCAGUGUCCUACAGUUCGCGGUCAAGAGACUACUCCCCUUCCCAGGAUUCUCAGUCUAGCAUGACAAUAACUGUUAACAGUAGGAAAGUUACAGGUUCAUCACCAAGUUCUCCAAAGUAUCAGUCAAGCAUUAGCUUUCAGCCCUCUUCCCCAGCCAGCAGCAGGGCUACCUCAGGCAGGGAUUUUGGUUAUCGUAAGAGCCACAGUUUGGUUGAGGACACCCCUUCAGCACCAUCUACCUCUAUGUUUAACUCGUCCACUUUGGGGCGGCCUCGGGCAACAGGGCGGCCAGCGCAAAGCUCAAGCUUUGAACAAGGCUAUAACACUGUGCCCACUAAGUCCAAGGGUAUGAGCCUCUUCUUGAAGCAGCAGGAAAAGCUGGUUCAGCUGGGCGAUGAUAUCCAAGCAUUAACGUCGAACAUUAAUGCUGACUUUUCGCCGUCUUCGGCCCGAUCUCCUCCAGUCGUGUCUCAAGGCCUUGCACCAGCUUUCCAGACAACUCAGUCUUCAUCUCCUACGCUGAAACCUCGUUCGCAAGCGAGACCCAUGCCUGUGUGGAGUUUAAGUGAGGAUGAGGGUGCCAGCCCUCGCCCAGCACGAGGAGGGAAGAACAAGUGGCAGUCAGACACUGAGGACGCUUUCAGGAGCAGCGUGGAUUAUCGUCUCAGGCUGGGAGAGAAGAAGGCUGCACCUGCCCCUCUGUGGGCAGGGUCAUUCUCUGGACAGGACUCUGGGUCAAAUCAAAUGAACAACAAGCCAGCCACUGCUCCUGUGUGGAUGCCUCAGGGUGGGAGCCCUUCGGGUCCUUCGUGGGCACCUCAGAGAGGGACAGACUCGACUGUACCAUCAUGGAUCCCUCCCCGUCCUGCAGAAACUUCACAGCCAGCUGCCCCUCCGCCAUCUUGGAUUCCCCCACGACCAGAACAGUCCUCUCAACCAUCUACCCCUCAAUGGACACCAAAACCUAACCUAUCUCAGCCUUCAUGGAUGCCUACACAACAAUGUCACUCCCCUCAGCCUUGGCCAGCGCCCACGCAACCCCCCCAGAAACCAGCUUGGAUGCCCAAAUCCCCGGAACCCAGCUCAUCCACAAACAUUGUCAGCACAAAAUGUUCGCUGGACGAACCCCAGGUGUUUGACGUUCCUAUUAUCAUUCAAAAGGACAAUGUUCCAAUCUAUAUCCAGAAGAAAAAAGCAGCACCAGCUGAGACAAAGCCUAGCACAACAGACACAGAUUUCUCUAGAGCGGAAACAAACGGUUUCUCUGUAAGCAAUUCUUUGCCAGACAAUCCACCCCACAGCCAACCAUCUUUUGAACCUAGCAGAACAAAUUUAGCUGUCUCUAGUACCAAACCAGGAGUUUGGUCACCAGGGAGCCAACCCCCACCAAUCGUGUCAGAGAAAGACGACAAACCAAGGGAGGAACCAUCCCUGAAAGACAUUGCUCCGGUCUGGACACCAGGGGGCAGCACCAGCACACUUAAAAAAGGAUUUAAAUCAGUGAAAUUGGACACUUCUGUCAAAGCUGACAAACCUAAACCUAAGGUGUCUCAGGGUGAUCUUAAGCCUGAUGAAAGUUUUGCAUGGCGGCCGCCAAACAGAUCUGAAGAAAGUACAAAAGCUCCAACCAGUAAUUUUGUAUAUACCCCACUUAACGAUGAUGAUGCCCUAUCAGCAGCAACAACGCAACCCUCUGCACCUCCUUUUUCGCCACCAGUAGAUUUUUCUUCCAUGAACGGCAAUACAGAAACCAUGGACAGUUUACGGAGUGAACCCAGUAGACUUCCCCCUACACAAAGUCCUUACAUAACAUUAUUACAAAAAAGUAGAGCAGACAAAAUUCUUGAAAAACAAGAUGAACGUUGUGCUCUAUGUGAAACACACAGCUUACAGGAUGGGGAUCCGCCACAAGAGCUCAAUAUUGUAGGCUCACCCAUCACAGUAACUGAGGAGAAAAGUGGUAUACCCGAUCCUGCCCCAGUGGUAACUGUUGCACCAGAAGAGGGACAAAUACCCAAAGGUGCUGUUUAUUUAGGGAAAAAGGAAGUCAUUGACGGUGAUGUCAAACACACCGAUGAAUACUAUGCAGUUCCCCAGGAGGGAGAAGAGACAAAAACCACUAAAGUGGUGGAACAGAAACCAAAGAUUUACCCAGGGAUUGGUCCCAUGGAUGAGGAGGGAGUACCCCUGGCAUUUAGAAAGAAUGUAGAUGAAUCAAAACAAUCAGAUUGGUACAAACAGAUGUUCAAGUCUCUACAUGUGACAGAUAAAAAAGAGGACGAGAAAGCUGCUGCUGUGGACACAGACACCACUACAUACAGGCCUACAUAUAGGUUCCCUGCAUCUGAGGAUCAGAAGUCCAUGGAAGCUCGGAUGAAUGCCCUCAAUGUUUCCAAAAGCCGAACUCUGCCCAAAGACAGUACAUACAAGCCUAGCUAUGAAGUUUUAAGUCCAAGAGAAAAAGCAGCUUCUUUGGAGAGAGAAAAACCAGGGCCAAGGGAGAAAGCCACAUUUGGGAAAGACUACAGGCGGAACUCUACAUCUAUGUUUGAAAGUGAAUGGAUACCUGCUGAUGCAAGAGCCAAACCAGACGUGUACAAGAUUCAGCCUCGUAGCAUCAUGGAUUAUGAGCCAGGAUUUUCGUCCAUUGCUUUUCAGGAAACUAAAGCAGCCAAACGUUUAAGCCAGCUGCUAGAGAAAUCCAAGGGUGUGGUUCAUAAUCCUCCUAUAGAGAAACCAGGCCAAUUCAACAAGUACAAUGUUGGCCAGGUUCGACCUGAAGUAAGAGGACUAGCAGAUAGUGAGGAUGAAAAGGAUGUUAGAGUUGCCUACAAAGAGAUACAAAAGGGGGGCGAGAUACCCUAUAGAGGCCUGCAAAAACCUGCUCCUGAUAAACCAGUCGCUAAAACACAGCCUGGUCCUGUCGAACGCCCAGUUCGUCUUGUCAGGCCUACCAACCCAACCCCAAAGCACGAAAACUCUACCACAGCUAAUGGGGGUGUUCCUAGCCCCCCUGUCCGAAAUGAUAAAAAUGUUCCACAUGGUGUUCCAGCGAGGCCAAAGCUUCCUCGCAGUAGCCUAACGGCUGCCCAACAAUUAGGGGUGAAAAGCCCCCCAGCAGCUAAGCCUAACGAUAGAGUAUUCAGACAUGUCACCUCAGAUGUGCCUAAGCCACCACCCACAGAAAAGGAGAUACGCAGGAGAGAAGAAGAGGAGAAAUACAGAAAACAGAGGCUGGAACAAAUAUAUGAAGAAGAAAGGCAGCGAAGAAUUUUGGAAGAACAAUUAAAGAACGAGUCCAGGAGACAUCAUGAUAUUUAUACGCAAAAGUCACCCAUACCAAGUAAUCGUUUUGAGGACCAAGUGUCAACACUCAGUGUUCCUCCAGAGAGAAGGCGAGGAUUUCAGAUUCGUGGGAAAGCACGAGCCUUGUACAGUUUCAGUGCCCAGAACCCUAGGGAGUUGAGUUUCAAGAAAAAUGACAUACUGUACCUCCACAGACAGCUGGAUAAAAAUUGGUAUGAAGGAGAGCGUAAUGGGAGAAUCGGUAUCUUCCCGUCAAACUAUGUGGAGAUUGUCACAUCAAUUGAAGCAGCUAAAGCAGCCGCCUUACAGUCUGAGGGUCAGGCGAAGGCAAAGUACAACUUUACUGCCCAGACCCCAGUGGAAAUGUCCCUGAGAAAAGGAGAAAUUGUAGUUUUACUGAGGCAGGUUGAUGAGAAUUGGUAUGAGGGUCAGAUAGGAGGCCGGCAGGGCAUCUUCCCUGUGGCAUAUGUGGAGGUGAUAAGAGAACCGUCUACCCCACUUGUCACCCCAGCACCAUCUGUCAUACCUACUCCUAUGGCUGGUACCCCAGAGAUGCUCUCACCUGUCAGUUUUGAUGCCCCGACCCCACCGCCUCAGCCCUCACCAAGUGCGUUUGUGGCACGGCCAUCAUCUGCUCCAACUUACAGGCCUAAUGCUGCAGGACAGUCACGGCUUCAGCCAGUGGCACAGUACCCUAAUAUGAGCCAGCCAGGUGGCUACAGCUCACAGAACUAUAGUCAGCCAAUGAACUACAGCCAGUCUCAGCCAAACUAUGGACAGCAGCUGAGUUACAGGCAGCCACAGCUUCAAGGUUAUGGAUCACCCCAACCUAGUUAUGGACAGUCGAGCUACAGCAGGUCAUCCGAUUAUGCACAGCCACCAGACUUUGGACAACCUCAGGAUUAUGGGCUCUCCUCCAGCUACAACCAGUCCACUUAUCAGGAUUAUAUGUCUCCCUCACAGUCACGACCCAGCCCUACCCUGGGGAAAAAACCUCCCUCACCUGUCAGCCAAAUCCGCAGCCCCAUUUCUUAUGAGCAAGGAAACCUUAAGAGUGCUAUCCCAGAUGAUGAUUUGGCCCUCACCAGAUACCGGGCCAUGUACACAUACAAACCAAUGAAUGAAGAUGAACUGGAGCUGAUUGAAGGGGAUGAGGUGUAUGUUAUGGAGAAGUGCGAUGAUGGCUGGUAUGUGGGCACCUCGGCCAGAACAGGCAUGUUCGGAACCUUCCCAGGAAAUUAUGUGCAAAAAAUCACGUGAUGAAAAGCAUCAUUGCAAAUACCUUCAUUGAAACCUACCAUUUGAAGCAGUAGCCAAGAUGAAAAAGUUUGCCAGGCCUUUGCAUCAGAUACCAGCAAGCAAGUGGCAGAUGAGCGAGAACACAAUGGAAAUCAGCCAAGCUUUUGUUUUAAAGGACAAUUUUCAAUAAUGUAUUAACUUGAUUUAAAGUUGGUUCUAGUUUUGCAAGUUUUCAAAAACUCAACUUGACUCACACUUUUGUUUGCCCAUUUCUGGUUUUAACGGAUGGUGUGAAAUUCUUGGUAACUUCACAUUUAAUAUAUAAAGGUAUUAUAUCCAACUUCAUAAUCCAUCCAUGGACAACGUUUUAUGGCUCUAAGUUAUUACAGAUUAUGGUUCUUGAUCCUGAAAACCGUAGAAGAUUUAUUGCUUAUUUUCUUGUUGUGUUGUCCUGCUCUAAUGCUUCUGUAUAGUGUACAUAGAAAUUUUUAGAGCUAUUUUGAAGGGCCAGUUGUUUAUAAUAAACUGACAGGUUGGAAGGGUUGCCAAAAUGGCCAGUUUUGUUUAAUCUUAAAAUUCUAUAUUGUACAGCAUUAACAUGCAUUUUACUGACACAUCAAAGCUACAUGUAGAUAAAGAUGGUCUGGUGUUAAUAGAUGCACCCUAUAUAAACCAGGGAUACAUGCAGCUAUUGGUUGCAAACUCAGUGAAAUUACUGGCCUAUGAUUCAGUUAGCACUCUUCAAAUGAUUAAUGUCAAUGGUGUAUGGCUUUAAAGCAGCUUGACAAUUUUAGAGGUAUUUUACAACUGACAUUUUUUAAAUACAUGUACACAAAUAGUUUUUAAAUAUCCUUGGGGGCUUUACAUGCACUUUUCGAGGGACAUUUCAAUGAGGAACUUGGUUUUCUGAUCGCAUCUGCUGGAUAGAGCAGCAAAAAGAAUGUCGAGCAAAUGAGCUAAUGUGAUUUCUUGAUGGAAAGUUUAUUAUCUGAUUCGGUUUUCUUGAAACAAAUCAUGGUUAAGAAGCAUAAUUAUGGUUUUGUAACAUUAUGGUCAAAAAUGUAUGAAGGUAUACAUGUAUAAAACUUUUUUUUGUUUUGGUUUGCUCUGUUUUGAUGCAAACUGUAACGUUGUCCAAAAGUCCAUCGUUCAUUUAUUAUGGAGAAAAUUGUUUGUUAGUCCAGAAUUUCGUCAGUCCAGUAACUUGAGAUCUGUUUCUCUAGACCUGGUUGUGAAUUUUUCAACUUUAUUUAGAGCCAAUGCUAAGUAGCAUAAUAUCUCCAUAAUGUACUUUUUUUUUCAUUUUCCUUUUAUCUAUAUAUAGUGUAAUUGUGUACUGUGGAUGUUCACACUUUUUAGAUUUAUGCACUAACAUAUUAUUGCCAGCUUGCAAUCACAUUUUGUCCAUUAUUGAAAUUUAACUUUUUGUUAAACCCUCCAUUUUAAGUACGAUAUAAUUUUUGCCAGUGCACCAGAUUUAGAUAUGCACAUGUAUGUAACGUUCAUAUUGAUACUUGUCGAUGGAGAAAGCAUAGGGAAAAGGCUUAUCACUAAACAUCUUAUUUAGUAGAAAAUUACAUGGUUUUUGUUGUUAUGGUGAUAACAUAGUUUGUAUAAUUUAGAUCAGUUAAGUGUUUGUUGGUGCUAUUGAAUAAACUGAUAAAAGAACUGUGAAGUUUUCAAAGAUGAACUGCAGGUGUAAUUUUGACAGAAGUGAUAAAUUUAGAAGAUAUUGUGAGCAUGUCAGGUUUCGGGAAGAUGAUUUUGGUGUAUGCUCUUGUCAAUACUUAAAUUUGCACAAGAUUCCUUCGCUUUUUUUUGGACAAGCCUUUCUUCCACCAAUUGACCUGCACUUAUCAAUUCUGUACUUCUCUUAUGCCACUGUUAUAGACAACUAAAUGUAGGCCUACUGGAUAUCAGACUUACAUAUAUUAUACUGUAAUGAGUUCCUUUGUUGGUGUUUUUAUUUUUGGAAGUUCGCAAUACCACCCAUUGUCUGAAGAUCUCAAUCCCAGUGCUAAUGUUCUCAGACGGUUAUGCCCAAAACGUAUACAUCGCUAGACUAGAGCAAUUCUACUGAACGAUGUGGCUUGAUUUACAGCUUGCCAGUAGAUCUAUGAGUCUGUGUUAGACGACAGAUUAUAUUGGUGCAUGAUAAAAUAAAAUCUGUUGCGUCAU